AUGACCGCCAGCGUUUCGCGCCCACAGCCGCGCCUGUUCCGCAUCGGCCGCGACGGCCGUUUGCCGACAGACGUCGUCGCGGGCUUCGAGCCGCUGGGUGCCGACAUCGCCCAGGGCUGGGGGCGCUACGGGCAGAUGCUGCACCAGCUGGCGUCGCUGCCUGCCGGCGACGGUCCCAUGCUCGCUUUCGUGCCUGAUGACGUCGUCGCCGUCUGCAAGCUGGACGCGGGUGCCUUGGCGCGCGCCGUUGCAGCCCUGCCGCCCGACUUGCAGGCGAUGCCGUUCUCGCCGCAACCCGACGUCGGCGCGUUCUUCCUGAACGUCUUCGAGCAUGUCGAGACCUUCUCGCCGGGCUUCAUCGCGGCCUGCGAGCCGCUGCUUGCGGGCGUCGGGCUCAACGUGGCCUUGCGCGCGCUGGUGAUGGAUUCGCGCCAUGUCGCGCUGGACGGCUGCCUGGCGGCCACGCCGGCGUUCUGGCAUCGCUGGGCGUCCUGUGCCGCGCCGCUGAUGGCAUCGCUCGACGCGCUGCCGCCCGAUCACUUCCUGCAGCAGUACGACGAUGCCCUCGGUGCGCCGCGGCGCUGGCUGCUGCUGGAACGGCUGGCCUCGCUGCUGCUCGCGCUGCAACCGUGGCCGAGCCGCGCGCUGGCGCCUUUCGACCGCCCGUGGUCGAAGAUGCGCUUCGCGAACUACCGCCACGAGGCCGUGAUCUGCGACGCGCUGAAGCAGGCUUGGCGUGAACACUCGUUCCCGCAGUACCAGCAGGCGUAUUCGCUGCUGCGUCAACGCUUCGGCGAGCAGCAGGCGCCCCUGCCGUGGUCGCCGCCAGCCCGUCCCGCCUCGGAGAUCCCGACAUCGGACACCGACGUCGACGCGAUCCCGGUGCUCGUGAUCUGCUACGACAACCAUGUGUUCGUCGAGAACACCGUCGCGCAACUGCAGCGGCUGGGCGUCAAGGACAUCGUCGUCAUCGACAACGCCAGCACCCGGGCGGAGACCCGUGCCGCGCUCGACCGGCUGCCGUGCCGUGUCAUCCGCAACACCGAGAACCUGGGCCAUCUGUGCUGGGUGCAUCCGUCCAUCUAUCCGGCAUUGCCGACCAAGUUCUGCGUCACGGACCCUGACCUCCAGUUCAACCCGAACCUGCCGCGCGAUUUCAUGCACGUGCUGUCGCGGCUGUCCGACCGCUAUGGUGCGCAGAAGGUCGGCUUUGCGCUGGACAUUGCCGAUGCGGAGGCGAUGUACGCCGACCCCGACUAUCACCAGGGGCUCAGCAUCGCGGACUGGGAACACCAGUUUUGGCAGCAACCGCUGUCGGACCGCAACGAGCCGGGGUUGGAGAUCUACCUCGCGCGAGUCGACACGACGUUCCAUCUGUUCAACAAGACGGGAUCGCCGCAUUGCCAUCUGCGCCUGGCCGGCAACUACACCGCACGCCACCUGCCGUGGUACCGCAGCAAUGAGGUCGCCGACAUUGCGGAGAUGAAUGCGAUGUAUCGCAGCGCGAGCAGUUCGUCGACGAUGGCGAAAUUGCAUCAUCGCCAUCACAGUGCGCCGGCGGCUCCUGCGACUUCAGAAGCGGACACUGCCGCCCCAUCACCGAAUGCAGAAGCGCAGCACGUCGAUUCCUCCAUCCACGGUACCGCCCUACAUCCCACUGGAGCUCCGAUGCCCGCUUUGAGUCAGAUGAAACAAACUCCCGCGCAUGCCGUUGUCAAUGGCGACUUGCUGGCGUUGAUACCGGUGGGCAAGCGCCGCGUGGUCGAGAUCGGCUGCAUGCACGGUGCGUUGGCACGCGAAUACCUGUUGAAGAGCCCGGAUUCCGAGUUCAUCGGGGUCGACAUCGACGCUGACUACGCACAAGUGGCGGCCGGUGUUUGCACCCGCACCCUGGCUGGCGACAUUGAGCGUCUGGAUGACAAGACCUUUGACAGCCUCUUCCCGAGCGAUUGCUGGGUGUUCGGCGACUGCCUAGAACACCUGCGCGAUCCCUGGCGCCUGCUGGCACGCGUGCGUGAGCGCAUCGACCCCGACGGCUGCGUCGUCAUCUGCAUCCCCAACGCCCAGCACUGGAGCGUGCAGAUGCGGUUGGCCACGGGGCUCUUCCGCUACGAGGAUUCCGGUCUGCUUGACCGCACGCACCUGCGCUGGUUCACGCGCGUGACGCUGCUGGAGAUGUUCCAGCAAUCCGGCUGGAAUGUGCAGACCGGGUUGGCCCGGCGGCUGCCGCAGGCUGCCCCCCCGGCGAUUCUGGAAGGCAUCCGCUUGAUUGCGCAGACUGCGGGCGCAGAUCCCGCACAAGCCGCCUCGGAUGCUGAAGUGUUUCAGUACCUGUUCACGUUGGUACGGGCCUGA